AUGUCAGUAUCUCGUUACUCAGCUGAGGAAUCCAGCUCAAUGCCUAAGAGAGUUAAGAUGGGCGUCCCACUGGUGUUAAGUUUUUCAGAUGAGGACAAACUUGGAACCAUACAGCUCCAUGAUGAUGCUUUAGUGGUUACACUUAGAAUUUGUGGGUACGAUGUGAAAAUGGUGAUGAUUGACCAAGGCAGCAGAGUUGAGAUAAUGUAUCCUAACCUAUAUAAGGGACUAAAUUUGAAACUUGAAAACUUAAUAGCCUACAGUUCUCUUCUAGUGGGGUUUGAAGGUAAAAUGGUCAUUCCGAAAGGUCAGAUCAGAUUACCUGUGCAGACCGGCCUGGAUGUGGUGGAGGUGGACUUCAUUGUUGCAGAUGCUUUCUCUCCAUACUUGGCCAUUAUGGGCAGACCCUGGCUUCAUACCUUGGGGGCCAUCUCCUUUACUCUUCACUAG